AUGGUUGCCAAGCUUCUUGAUUGCAAUGCUGAUUGUCCACCCCACCCACCCAUUCUACCCCAUCCCAUCCUGGAUCCUCAGUUGCAGCGGCUAAAGCAGCUUUUCCAGCGCAAGCCCAUGGAAGAGCCCACCCCAGAAGAGCCACAAGCCAACGGGGAGCUGGUCAGCCCCUCAGGGGGACCCAUCUACUACAUCUAUGAGGAAGAGGAGGAGGAGGAGGAAGAGCCUGAGCCACCACCUGAGCUGGAGAGACCAGUUAAUGACAGACCUCACAAAUUCAAGGAUCACUACUUCAAGAAACCUAAGUUUUGUGAUGUCUGUGCCCGCAUGAUUGUCCUCAACAACAAAUAUGGCUUGAAAUGCAAGAACUGCAAAACUCACAUCCAUCAUCACUGCCAAAGCUACGUGGAAUUUCAGCGCUGCUUUGGCAAGAUUCCUCCAGGUUUCCGCCGUGCUUACAGCUCUCCAUUGUACAGCGCCCAACAACUCGCAGGUGCUAACCGAAACGACCCUGUCUUUGAGACGCUACGGUCAGGCGUUAUCAUGGCGAACAAGGAGCGCAAGAAAGGGCAGGAUAACAAAAAAAAUCCUUUGGCUGCCAUGAUGGAGGAAGAAACAGAAGCCCCAAAACAAGAAAGUGGCAAACCAGAGGGAGGAAAUCCGGAAGGACAGAAGGUGGAGAAGAAUGCACCAGAUGACAAGAGUAAGAAACAGCAAACUGGGUUCCCACACUCUCACUACUUCAUUGCACUUUAUCGCUUCAAAGCCUUGGAGAAAGAUGACUUGGAUUUCCACCCAGGAGACAAAAUUGCAAUUGUUGAUGACUCCAAUGAGGAAUGGUGGCGGGGGAAGAAAGUUGGGGAGAUUGGAGAAAAAAUCGGAUACUUUCCACCAAACUUCAUUAUCCGAGUGCGUGCAGGAGAACGUGUGCAUAAGGUCAUGAGAUCCUUUGUGGGCAACAAAGAAAUUGGUCAGAUUACAUUAAAAAAGGAUCAGAUCGUGGUACAGAAAGGAGAGGAGCUGAAUGGGUAUGUCAAAGUCUACACUGGCCGCAAAGUGGGGCUCUUUCCCGUUGACUUCUUGCAGGAGAUCUGA